AUGAUUAGAGAAGUUGCAGUAGCUUCGAGAAAACAUCUAAACUUCUUAUAUGUCAUUUACUACCUAAUUAUUACAAAAGAACUGAACAGUCGUAUGUCAGAGAGAAAAAAUAAAGACAAAAAAAAAAAACAAAAGUAA